CACCGACCGACCAAAGUAACGUCGACAAUCCAUUUCCGGCUAAAAUAUCUAACAGAGGGAUGAUCACUAUUCUCGAGUCAGCCGACGCGUUCAGACCUGCGCACCUGACCGGCACGCGAGAAUGGAGCAGACGACAACUCGGUGGGAGCAGGCGAUGAAUGGGCAGCAGACGACAAUGAAUUCUAACAAUGGAGUGAAAAGUGGCUCGACUUCUGAUAGUGCCCGUCAGAGUGAUUCCUCGGAGAAACAGACUCUACCAUCGGACUCCACUUCACGUGUAGCCACGGGGGGAGACUCCCCGCCCUGGAGACUUCUGGGGCGGUAUUCAGAAAUAAAUAAAGUGAAGUGUCGCCGGGUUCACGCCAAGCUCGGUUCUAGUAAGGAUUUGGUAUUGUUUCACGAAGAGGGGAAAUUCUAUGCAAUGGGCGCCUGGUGCAGCCAUAUGGGGGGUCCGCUGUUUCAAGGUCAGAUCGAGGACUACAAGGGCACGUGUCACGUGAUGUGUCCGUGGCACGCCUACAUGUUUGACCUGAAGACCGGCAAGAACGAGUUGGGACUACAGCAAGACGUCUUCCCGGUUAAAGUGGAGUCAGGCACUGUUUACAUCCAGCACAAGUCGGAGCUGUCACUCAACCCGUUCCUAUAGCAACCAGGCAAUUACAUCGAAGCAUUCGGCACAGAUCGGCAGUGUAGGAAGUCCGAGAUGAUGUAAAGUUGACAAUGCAGUUCCACCAGCAUCAACCUACAUCAUGGCUGCGAUGACUUAACAUAACCUCACUGCCACAGGCUAAUUUGCAUAUCACGUGACCGGACUUUUCUCGUGUUUGUAA